GCUGAAGUCCUUCUUAAACUUCUCAUUGCAUUGGAUGAACUUUACUUUGAUGACUUAAUAGAAGACUUACUGGUUGCCUUUUUCAAGCAAGGAGCCCAAUGGAUUCGAGAAAAUUUUGUUUAUGUCUACAAAAUUAGUCUACAACAUCAUAAAUUCACACAAUUAAGCGAAUACGUGGAUGAUAUUAUUCAGUAUGAACCUGAAGUGUUACUGCAUUCUCGGGAAUUCGUUGAAUUAGAAGAAUCAGAACUUCUUCCUAUUCUCGAUCGCGAUAAUUUUUGUGUAGAAGAUGAAGCAGAAAUCUGGGACCGCAUCAUUGAAUGGGGAUGUGCACAACAGAAUUCACAUCUUUCGACAGAUCCUUCUGAAUGGUCGGGGGAAGAUAUUGAAUCUAUGAAAUUAACAUUAAAAAAUUUUAUUCCAUUAGUGAGAUUUUUUACAAUGUCAUCGGAUAAAUUUUAUAAACAUGUUAGACCAUAUGAAAAAAUUCUUGGAAAUAUUUGUGAACAAGUGUUACAAUCAUAUCUUAUUAAAGGAUGGCAACCAAGAGACAUACGAGUACUUCCCCGUAGAAAUAAAGCAUCAAGAGCUAAUUCCAAAUUAUUAAACAACAGACAAAUCAGAGAAAUUUACAAAAAAAUUUAUUCCAAAAAACCUAAAAAAUCUAGAUUUAUCGAAGAUGCAUACACAAUGGUUUUACUUGAACCAACGCAGUAUGAAACUUUCUGCGUAGAUCCAACCGUUAUAGUAUUUCGCAUUGUCGAACUUGAUAUAGUAAUCGGAGGAUAUAAUCCAUUUAAGACAAAAUAUUCAUUAAUUUCGCAUUCACCAACUUUUAAAUCGAAAUUAGAAUAUAGCUUUAUGUUCAAAAUUGAUGAUGAAAAAAUUAAAUUUUCUUCUAUUGUAGGGACUAAAGAGUUUAAAUUACAAUAUA